CGCUUCCCUUGUAUCGGUGCAAAUGGGCCGAACAGCUGUUUAUAAGCUGCUCUCGUGUGCUUCGGGUCUGCGGAUUUCUUGACACUGUCAAAGCAGUGCAAUCUUACAAUAUCUAACUCUACCUACUAACAGCAAUCAUGUCUGCAAAGCACUUCAUCAACGAUCCAACGCAUCUUGUCAACACAGCUCUCCGAGCUCUCACUCUCACGAACCCAUCCCUUGCCCUCGAUCCCGAAAAUAAGAUCAUCUACAGACGGCCUGGCCAUGAACCGCAAGUUUCCAUAAUCUCUGGCGGAGGAAGCGGCCAUGAACCCAGCUUCGGGGCUUUCGUUGGGGAGGGAUUGCUUUCUGCUGCUGUUGCAGGCACCAUCUUUGCUUCACCCAGCGCAGAGCAGAUCCGUAAAGCUGUCAUGUCGAGAGUGGAUGGCGAGAAGGGAAUACUGGUCACAGUUAUGAACUACACUGGAGAUGUGCUGAAUUUCGGGAUGGCGGUUGAGAAGGCCAAGGCUGCGGGGCUGAAGGUGGAGAUGUUGGUUGUUGGCGAUGAUGUGGGAGUGGGACGGAUCGCUGCUGGGAAAGUUGGUAGGAGAGGUAUUGCGGGGACGGUACUUGUCCACAAGAUAUCGGGAGCUUUGGCUGCGAGAGGUGCGAGCUUGGAGGACGUUUACAAGGUUGCCAAGUUAACAGCGGAUAAUCUUGUUAGUGUUGGAGCAAGUUUGGAUCAUGUCCAUGUCCCUGGGAGAGCUCCUCCGGAUCCAAAAUCGGACGAAAAUCUGGCUACAGAAGAGGUUGAGAUUGGAAUGGGUAUUCACAACGAACCUGGAAGUGGACGAGCAAUUGUUGAUCUUCCUGAAUUGGUUUCAAGAAUGCUUGCACAAAUGCUGGACUGGAAGGAUGAAGAUCGUGCCUUUCUGAAGGUCAACUCGAACGAAGUCGUUCUUCUGAUCAACAACCUUGGUGGAGUAAGUGUCCUGGAACUUGGUGGUAUUACCGCGGAAGUUGUCGGACAACUGGAGAAGACGUACAACAUCAAGCCCGUUCGAAUCUUGGCCGGAACAUACAUGACAAGCUUGAACGGUCUUGGCUUCAGUAUCUCCAUCCUGAAUGUUGUCAACACCGAUAUUGGAGGGCCAAGCAUGUUACAGCUACUCGAUGCGGCCUCUGAAGCGGCUGGAUGGGCAGCACCAAUCAAGAAGGAAACAUGGGAAGCAAAGUCGAGUCGAACACGAGAUGAAUCCACUUCCGGAGCCGAAGAAGUCAAACCCAGCGGACUGAAGAUCAGCACAGAGGCCUUCAAGACUGCCUUGACAGGAGGUCUCGAGAGAGUGAUCGCAGCUGAGGCAGAUGUCACUAAGUUUGAUACCGCAGUAGGCGAUGGCGAUUGUGGAAUCGGCUUGAAACGUGGAGCUGAAGCUGUCCUCAAACUCCUCUCCACCACACAACUCACAGGCGAUGCAGUCCUCGACCUCAGCAAAGUAGUCCAAGUAGUAGAAAACACCAUGGACGGCACCUCCGGUGCAAUCUACGCCAUCUACCUCAACUCCCUCGUGCACUCCCUGCGCCAACAAGGCUCUUCCACCGCCACCCCUCAAGUCUGGGCCACAGCCUUACAACAAGCGUCCAAAUCCCUCGCUAACUACACGCCCGCCCAACCAGGUGAUAGAACUCUAGUUGAUGCUCUGCAUCCAUUUGUAGAGACCUUGGCCAAGACGGGAGACGUGAAGAAAGCGGCCGAGGCGUCGAGAAAGGGCGCUGAGGGCACGAAAGGCAUGAAGGCUAGCUUGGGGAGGACGGUGUAUGUUGGCGGUAAGGGCUUCGAGCAAGUUCCUGAUCCAGGAGCGUGGGGACUAAGUGAGUUUUUCCUUGGAGUAGCCGGUGUGAAAGGUGGAGAGGAGGGGUACGAGAUGGUUUGACAGUUGAGCUUUCUGUCUCCUUGGUUGGGAGUGAGCGUUGCUGUAGGUUGAGUGAGUGUAAUGCCUGACGAAAAUAAAUACGAAUAAUGGAAAUGGAAUUCGGGAGAGAUGUGUGACACUUCACCGGCUUAUUUCGUCUUUACUAAUGAAAGAAUGAAAGAAUGUUCGCAACCAAGCAUCAUGGCAAUG